AUGGCGCAGAGCGUUGGCUCCUACACCAACCCGCUCAAGAAGUUCAAGUUGGUCUUCUUGGGCGAGCAGUCAGGUAUCCACACCUCUCGAGUGCUGGGAGAAUGAACACCUACUGACGACCCGUAAAGUUGGCAAGACCUCCUUAAUCACACGCUUCAUGUACGACUCUUUCGACAGCACCUACCAAGCCACAAUCGGCAUCGACUUCCUCUCCAAGACCAUGUACCUCGAAGACCGCACAGUACGGCUGCAACUCUGGGAUACCGCCGGGCAGGAACGAUUCAGAUCUUUGAUUCCUUCAUACAUCCGCGACUCUAGCGUUGCCGUUGUCGUAUACGAUAUCACCUCUCAGAAAUCUUUCCAGCAGACACGAAAGUGGGUGGAUGAUGUGCGAGGGGAGAGGGGAAACGAUGUGAUUAUUGUGCUUGUAGGCAACAAGACAGAUCUGCAAGAGAAGAGAGAGGUCACGGCACAACAGGGAGAGGAAGAGUCAAAGAGGCUGGGUUGCAUGUUCGUGGAAACGAGCGCGAAAGUGGGUCAUAAUGUCAAGGGCCUGUUUAAGAAGAUCGCACAGGCUUUGCCGGGAAUGGAGGGCGAGGGGCAACAAGCGGCCGCCAACAGUAAGUCACUUGGAUCUAUCGAUUCAGGCAUUUCCAGCACUGACAUGUGAACAGCAAUCGAUGUGAACGUCAACGCACCUAAACCCGAAAGCGAAGGAGGCUGCAAUUGCUGA